UUCGGCCUGUUCCUUCUUGUUUUGUGUUACUGAAAGGAUCGAUUGACGAAAGUUUAGUUUAUAGGCAUCAGACAUGGCCGACGAUGAAAAUAUCGCUGCAUUAGUUGUAGACAAUGGAUCCGGUAUGUGCAAGGCUGGAUUUGCUGGCGACGACGCCCCAAGAGCCGUGUUUCCAUCCAUUGUUGGUAGACCCAGACAUCAGGGUGUGAUGGUCGGCAUGGGGCAGAAGGACAGUUAUGUCGGUGACGAGGCCCAGAGCAAGAGAGGUAUCCUAACAUUGAAAUACCCAAUCGAACACGGUAUUGUCACUAACUGGGACGAUAUGGAGAAAAUUUGGCAUCACACAUUCUACAAUGAACUCCGUGUUGCCCCAGAAGAACACCCCGUACUUCUCACUGAGGCCCCGCUCAAUCCCAAGGCUAACAGAGAAAAGAUGACCCAAAUUAUGUUUGAAACCUUCAAUACCCCAGCCAUGUACGUUGCCAUUCAAGCUGUGUUGUCACUAUAUGCUUCCGGUCGAACAACAGGUAUUGUGAUGGACUCUGGUGACGGUGUUUCACACACAGUACCAAUUUAUGAAGGUUACGCCCUUCCCCAUGCUAUUCUGAGAUUAGACCUCGCCGGUAGAGAUCUCACUGACUAUCUUAUGAAGAUCCUUACAGAGCGUGGAUAUUCUUUCACCACCACUGCUGAAAGAGAAAUUGUGAGAGACAUAAAAGAAAAAUUAUGCUAUGUUGCUCUCGAUUUUGAACAGGAAAUGAACAUAGCGUCAACUUCGAGCUCUCUGGAAAAAAGCUACGAACUUCCCGACGGUCAGGUAAUCACCAUUGGCAACGAGCGUUUCCGUUGUCCCGAAGCUGAAUUUCAGCCUUCAUUCCUGGGCAUGGAAAGCUCAGGAAUUCACGAAACAACAUAUAACAGCAUCAUGAAGUGUGACGUAGAUAUCCCCAUGUACGUCGCCAUUCAAGCUGUGUUGUCACUAUAUGCUUCCGGUCGUACCACAGGUAUUGUAAUGGACUCUGGUGACGGUGUUUCACACACCGUACCAAUUUAUGAAGGUUACGCCCUUCCCCACGCCAUUAUGCGUUUAGAUCUUGCUGGUAGAGAUCUCACUGACUACUUAAUGAAAAUUCUUACAGAAAGGGGAUACUCAUUUACUACAACAGCUGAACGGGAAAUCGUUAGAGACAUUAAAGAAAAGCUUUGCUAUGUUGCUUUGGAUUUUGAACAAGAAAUGGACACCGCGGCAACUUCAAGUUCUCUCGAGAAAAGCUAUGAAUUACCAGAUGGACAAAUUAUUACCAUAGGCAAUGAAAGGUUCCGUUGCCCAGAAUCAUUAUUCCAGCCAUCUUUCCUUGGAAUGGAAAAUGCAGGUAUCCAUGAAACGACGUACAACAGUAUCAUGAAGUGUGACGUAGACAUCCGUAAAGAUCUGUACGCCAAUAUAGUAUUGUCUGGUGGCACCACCAUGUACCCUGGAAUCGCUGACAGAAUGCAAAAGGAAAUUACCUCCCUCGCACCCGCCACUAUGAAGAUCAAGGUCAUUGCUCCACCAGAGAGGAAAUACUCAGUAUGGAUUGGUGGCUCUAUCCUGGCUUCGCUGUCCACCUUCCAACAGAUGUGGAUCAGUAAACAAGAAUAUGACGAAUCUGGACCCUCCAUCGUGCACAGAAAAUGUUUCUAAACGCCAUUGUACUCGCGACAAAUAUAACACUUAGAGGACAUGCAAAUGUAAAAUAUUAUAACUUAUAACAGAUAUUGCAAAAUUGACAUUUUCUUUGUUACUCAGCAAAUGUUAUUGAUCAUUAACGCGAAUUUAAGAUAAGUUUAACAUAAUCUUGGUGAUAUUCUGUUUGAAAGAAACAUUAAAGGCUGAACGACUUUACGAAGAACUGAGAUAAAAUAUUUGAGAAACGUAUUAAUACUUUGGUUUUGUGCAAUACGUGUUUCUGUGAUAGAUCUACCUUUUUCUAUUUUUAAAUACUUUACUCUUUUCAGCUAUUGUUUGAAUAAAAUGACUUGAAGUA